AUGGAUAGUUGCUGGUGUUCUAAAAUUGAAACAAAUUCUCCACAACAGCAAGCCUCAAAAAACGUUCAAUAUAAUGAUUAUCAAAUAAUCGAUACCACUCAAUCACAUGCAUCAACAACUCAAACUCCUUUAGCAACAAAUAACAAUUCUUAUUAUCAACCUAAUCAAAAACCAUCCCAAGUACUACCACAUACAAAAUUACCUAAUCAAAAUACACCAUCAAAUAAUACAUCUAAUUCAACUGAGGAUGAAGUUGAUGAAGAAGAUAGAAAUCAAGAUGAUGGAGAUAUGGACAAUGAAGAUGAUAUUUAUAAUGAAGACAUUGACGAUGCGUACAGUCGAUAUGAACGAGAGCAAGAAGACACUCUGAAUAUGAUGAACGAAUGUAUUCAGUUUCAAAACAAUCCAACUACAUCAUAUCCCAGUAAUGCACAUAUUGUAUAUCUAAAUCCUGAAGCUGCUGAAUUUCGACCAUCUGGAAGAUCCUUCAAUAAUACAUCAAGUUCACCAUUUACCACUGAUGUGUUAUCUAACUUGAAUGUUUCAACAACAGCAGAUGAUGCGCCCUCAAUAUCGGCCAGCAAAAAACAAUAG